ACUUCUCUCUCUCUCUCUCUCUCUCUCUCCUCUCUGCGCAUGGGAGCAGUUUUUUUCGUUUCCUCCCUCAUUUUUUUAUCCACGAGAGACGGAGAAACAGAGAAUGCAGAAGAAGGGAUAAUAGGCUAGGCCUAGGGUUUUGGUUGCACUUUUUAAGAUUUUUUCCUUGCAAUAGUCCUUCUUCCGCUGUUGAAGACCUCGGAGGUUUAUGCAUAAUCCUUUUUCUCUAUUCAUUUUAGAGGUGAAGAAACGAAGAUUUGGAGAGAUUGUUCACUUUUCGAACGGGCUCCAUAUUGCAGCUGGCAUCAAUUUCAGCUUGGAACCAGGAAUAUCUUGCUGUGAUAAAGGGUAUUCACACCUGUUCUGGAGCAACUAACAUUCUUUAGUUUGGAAUUUGACCAUGGGAAACAAUGAAGCUGGGACGCCUUCUAAGUCUGAGAAAGCAUCUUCACCUGCACAAGAGCAGACCAGUAUUCAUGGGUAUCCUGAUUGGGCAGCUAUCCAGGCAUAUUAUGGUCCUGGUGUCACCAUACCACCACCAUAUUUCAACUCUGCAGUUGCAUCUGGUCAUCCUCCUCACCCAUACAUGUGGGGCCCACCACAGCCUCUGAUGCCACCUUAUGGGGCACCUUAUGCGGCAAUUUACUCUCAUGGAGGUGUUUAUGCUCAUCCUUCAGUUAGUUAUGGUUCACAUGCACACGGUCCUGGAUUUCCACCAUCUCCUGUUGUGAGCGAGGUCAUGGUUGCAACCCCCUUAAGUGUGGAACCACCUGCCAAGUCAUUAGGUAGCAAAGAUCGAGGGUUAAUGAAGAAAUUGAGAGUAGGCAAUGACAAUGCUGAAGGUGCUGCAGAAGGUGCAUCUGGUGGGCUGUCACAGAGUGCAGAAUGUGGUACAGAGGGUUCCAGUGAUGGGAGCGAUGGGAACACUGCAGGAGGCAACAAAUCUAAAGGGAAAAAAAGCUCUAAUUGCAUGCUAUCAACAGGCAUGGAUGGGAAAGUUGAAACACAGGCAAGUGUCAUGCCCGUUGCACAGGUGAAUAUAGCUUCUAGUGGAGCUGCUGUGAGUCUAGGAGGAAAAACAAUCGGAAUAGCCCCUUCACCUGGCAUGGCCCCAGCAUUGGAGCUCAGAGGUUCCCCUAAUGGGAAAGCAAAAGCCAGUACAGCUACUGUUCCUUCUGAACUCUGGUUGCAGGAUGAAAGAGAGCUGAAACGGCAGAGGAGGAAACAGUCUAACAGAGAAUCUGCAAGAAGAUCAAGGUUGAGGAAGCAGGCGGAGACUGAUGAACUUGCAAUGAAAGUUGAAUCCUUGAGUGCUGAGAAUAUAGCCCUUAGAACUGAAAUUAAUCGAUUGACAGAGAAUUCAGAAAAACUGAAGCUUGAAAACGCUGCUUUGAUGGAGAAACUGAAAAAUGCAGAACCAGGAGAAACGACAGAAAUGGUAUCUAAUAACACUGAAACCCACGAGGACGCGUCAAUCAGUACAGAAAAUUUCUUAUCCAAAGUAAACAACUCGGGCUCUGUUAGUAUAGAUGACCCACGGGAUACCGAGAUCCAUGAAAACUCUAACUCGGGCGCCAAACUCCAUCAACUCUUAGAAUCUAGCCCUAGGACCGAUACUGUUGUUGCUGGCUGAUAAAAAGAAACUCGGUCAGCCUCUGCAACGACGAUUUUUAUAUUAUAUCUCACUUGAUAUUGUAACUUUGGCAAUGUUUAUAAAAAACCCAAAAUUACUCCUAACAGUAACUGAGGUAGGUUUGGGGUUCAGACAAGGCGGGUGCAGCAAAGCGGUAGUCCUGAGCACAGCACAGCACGCUAUGCCUUCUCAUAUAUUAGUUGAGAGCUCUCUAAUUCUCACUUGUAUGUUUUUUAGAUAUCGAAGUAUAACUAAUUUGUGGUUUAUUAGAUUCCACAUAUUGGAGAUGUACAUUGAGCCUAAUGUACAUUGAAGAGGUUUGAGUGUAAGCUCCGACUCACUAGUAUUUUUAUGUAAAAGUCCACCUUUACCAUCUUUUCAUAGUUGAUAUAAAUGUAAUGAAAUGGUGUACUGCUGUUGGAGUUGGACUACUGCG